AUGUGUUGUAACUACGGGAACUCCUGUGGCUAUGGCUGCGGCUGCGGCUAUGGCUGUGGCUAUGGCUCAGGCUAUGGCUGUGGCUAUGGCUCCUGUUGUGGCUGUGGCUAUGGCUAUGGCUCAGGCUAUGGCUGUGGCUAUGGCUCGGGCUGUGGCUGUGGCUAUGGCUCAGGAUGUGGCUGUGGCUACGGCUCAGGAUGUGGCUGUGGUUAUGGCUCCCGUUGUGGCUACGGCUAUGAUUCAGGCUGUGGCUGUGGCUAUGGUUCAGGAUGGGGCUGUGGCUGUGGCUAUGGCUCAGGAUGGGGUUGUGGAAAAGGCUCCUGCUGUGGCUGUGGAUAUGGUUCUGGCUCUGGCUGCUGUGGCUACCGGCCAUUUUGCUACAGAAGAUGUUGUUCUUCUUGCUGCUAG